AUGGCACACCCUUCUCCGGCAUCCCGACCUCGCGCUAUAUCGAAACCAAGAUCGAGGUCGAAACCCUCUUUGCGCCGGCGAGAUUCCUCCCCUCCACCUUCCUCCCCACCUGGCCUGCCAACGCCCGCAUUCUCGCCGGACGGACAUAGCGGACAAAGUGAUGAUGAUGAUAUCAUUGAAGAUACAUUGUCACCCUUUGAUCCGCGCAGGAUCACACCGACUCUUCAUGCAUCUCUUGUAUCAGAAAUCCUCUCGUUGCGGCGCGAUAUAGAAAGCAAAACCAAGGCAAUUGAUGUAUUGGAAGAGAGCUUGGACGAGUCGAGGACGGAAAAUGAAACAUUAACCGCGAAAUUGUCGCAAGCGACUCGGGAUGGACGAUCUUUAAAACACCAAAUUCAACUGCUGGAAGGCGGGACAUCAUCUGCGCUCACGGAGCUUGCCCGAGAGCGCGAUGAAGCGGUCGAUAACAUCAGCGAUGUCCGCAAGAAGCUCGAGCAGGCGCAGAAGAAAGCUCGGAGCCGGGAAGAGGAGGUCGAGCGAACACAAUCAUUGUACGAGCGCGAUCAAGAGGCCUGGGCGGUUGAACGCCGAGCUCUGGAGCACAAGGUCCACGUGGUGGAGGGCCGACUGAAGACUGUCUUAAAUGAGGUCGCAGCCGCCCGGGAAGCUGGAGCACUCCAUUGUCAGCCGAGCGAGAACGGUGAAAUCGCUCAAGAUAAGAUUAAAGGAAGCGACACAGCUAGCAUCACGUCUGGUAGCAUGGGACGCCGGCGCACGAGUGUAACCACCGUGAGCUCAAACGAGGAUGAAGCGGUCAAUUAUCACAAUGUGCGCUACUCUGUGAUGAGUAUGGCGCAUGGUACCAAGAAUGAUUCAGGCUUGAAUCUGGCAGAGGAAUUGGCAUUUGAUGAAGAGGACGAUUUUGUUCAAUCUGAUGACGAUGAUACGCCCGCCUCUCCCGAGGCUCUGCCUGAGGAACGCCCAGCGUCGGUUCACUCACAGGCAUCCCAUACUGUGGCUUCAAAGGCAAGGAGGAUUUUGGGUCUUUCCCUUCAAAGCUCAAAUUCUGCCAAUGGUACAGAACUCCGUGCUCGGGAGCUUGGUAGCCCUAAGAAGUUGAACGAGAUCGCAGUUGACUACCGCGAUAUGGGCAUUCAGUACUCGCCUCCGCCCUCUCCUAGAGUGCUUCCUAAGUUCGAGGUUAAUGGUGUCCCUGAGUCCAUGGAAGCACUCUCGGGGCCGAACGACGACGACAGUAUGAACAUGCCUGCAAUGAAGGAUAGUUCCACGCUCACCAUCGCAGCUGAAAUGGUCUCUACAUCUUGUCAAACCAUGGACGAACUACCCAGCCCUCCUUGGACACCCAAGGUGGCAGACUCGCCACCACAUUCUCUCGAAUAUACCCCAGAGCCGGUGCAGAUGGCAUCGACGUCCACCCAAACCGAUCCUGUCCCAGAGCCAAAUGUCCCCAGCCAGAAGCGUCCUAGCUUGUCACCGAAUGAUGUUCCGUCUCAGAUGGACAUUCCAAUGAUCGCGAUUCACCCGCCUGGUUCAGAGCCUCCUUCGCCUCGAAACAGUGUCGUUCUCCCACCGCAAACCAAGAAUGUGUCUUGUCAAGCCAAUUUCCGCCCAGUUGUUGAAAGCCGUUCCGUCUCCAUUCAAACCGAGGGGAUUCGUAUCGAUCAACGCCCGGUCAAAUUGCCAGCGAGCCUUCUUCCAUCUGCUAUUUCAGAUAUUCUGCCUCGCUCCGAAACCCGGGAUUCAAACAUCGAGGCAUUCCCUGUUCCCCCAAUUCCACCACGGUCCGAAAAGCGGAACCAAAGGACUUUGGCCACAGAACGUCCAGUGAAGCCUCCAAGGGCACCCGUAUCAGACCAUUUGCAAGCCUAUCCGGGCCAUAACAACGACAACGGUCCGCUCUCGGAGGAUGCUGUGUCCGGAAUUCGACGACCGUUCCGAUCUAGUAGUCUCUUUGCUGGCUUUGAUCACAACAGCGAUGAUGAAGGUCAUCAUAUAGAGCGUGACGUCUUCACUGACGAUGAGCUCCUCCAUCGUCCAUUCGCUUCAUACACUGUCAGCCGCGGCAAGCUUGUUACUGCGAAGUCAAGACCUAGUUUGGACGACAUGGCUCUCCCUGAAAUUGACGAGCAGCUAUCAGACCCCGACUCAAGGCCGCCUGAUAUUAGCCGCGGGCCUUCUCGGGCCACCCGGCGGUCUAGCACGACCACCUCUAGUAGUCGCCAACCAGGAAUGCGCAAGAUGGCCAUGAUCUCUAGCGGUACUGCUGCGCACCAGAAGAUCCGCUCCCGGAGUCCCAGUGAGCCAAGUCUCGACAGCGGCAGUGUAACCUCAAGCAUUGCACCACCAUUCCCCGUUCCUGUUCGCCUGAGCUCACGCAAAGUUCCGCUCAACGGCAGCGACGGGCCCCCAAGCCCGACUCGCUCAGCUGGUAGGCAAUUCUCAGAUCGUGGUCGCCAACCCCUCGCCCGGCGACCGACACUCCGCCGAGUCCGUUCCGCGGCAGCAAUGUCACAGUCGGAGCUCACAGAGCGGCCGGAGAACAGAUCUUCUCCAACACGAUCAAUUUCUUCUUUUGCUCCUGACAGUCCGCCCUACCGACCUCCCCCGCCGAUGCCGUUUGAUGAUAUCACGGCACCCCGCGAGCGACGUGCAGCUCACAGACACACCUCUCAUCGUACUAUUCCGUCUAAUAAUUGGAGUACCCAUGAGCGAGAGGACCAUGUGAGGAAGGAUUCCAUUGGUGGCGUUCAGCCCACCAGCGUUGUUGAUGCCAUUGCCCAAACCAUGGUGGGCGAAUGGAUGUUCAAAUAUGUCCGUCGACGCAAGUCUUUCGGGAUGGGCGAGACCAAGGAUAAUUGGGAAGGCAAGAAUCCUGAUGAGGUAUCGGCGAACAUCACGAGCAGUGGGGUGCGACAUAAGCGAUGGGUUUGGCUUGCACCAUAUGAAGGCUCCAUUAUGUGGAGUAGCAAGCAGCCCACCAGCGGGCCUGCCUUGCUGGGCAAGAGUGGCCGAAAGUUCACCAUCCAAUCAGUGCUAGAUGUCAAAGACGACAACCCCAUGCCAAAGGGCACCGGCUCUGGGACUCCGUUCAACCGUUCCAUCCUGGUGCUAACACCCCAGCGAGCUCUCAAGUUCACAGCUCUGACCAUCGAACGACACUACGUCUGGCUAACAGCCCUAUCUUUCCUAAGCCAUUCAUCCAUAGGCCUACAAGAACUAGCAGUCCUACCUCCCGUCCCACAACAAGAAGGAUCCCCAACACCACCAACAGCCACGCUCCGCAGAAAUCCAAUCCGUGACUCUAUUCGCGUCGCAAAGGGUCGGCCCCGCCCCAUGCCAAAGGGCAAACGCUCCUUCAACAACGCCAGCGCACCUGCACCAGUCCCUGAAGUCCCAGGCGGCAGCAUCGAUCUCGCCGCCGACGCACCACAUGUCCCCCGCUUCUCCCACAACCGCAAGCGCAGUAACACCGCGCCCCGCCCUCCAGCCCUGCACGCUCUCCGCAGCUUCUCCAGUCAAGGCACUAUGCCUUCCUCGCAUAGCGGGACGACAGUUGGCUCCCCAGAAGUCUAUUUCCCGCCCAUACCACCUCCGAAUCUCCAACCAGGCAUCGGGAGCCGCCGCAGCAGUGUCAGUCGCCGGACCUCCGAGGCCAGUGGCCGCGCCUCUAGUGCGGGUCAGAGUAACAUGUUCGAUAUGGGCACUGUCCGGAUGGAGGCGUUCAUCGAUCGCCACGCUGAGCAGAUUAAUCGUCCGCCCCCGCGCCAGCGUCCGCGCCAUGUUCGCAAGACUUCUAGUCAGUGGAGUCAGGGUCGCUACGAGCUUGAUACGCCUUCUAUCAACGACAGCGAGAUGUCUUUCCGCCCUGAUGAUCCAUUCCGAGGAUUCUAA